AUGGCGGAAACUGUGAGUAAUUCACGACCAGUUCAGCAAGCGCAGUACUGCGGCCCCUACAAGCUGGAAAAGACCCUUGGCAAAGGGCAGACCGGUCUGGUGAAGACGGGAACACAUUGCAUUACGGGACGAAAAGUUGCAAUCAAGAUUGUUAAUAAAGAAAAAUUAAGCGAGUCUGUUCUACAAAAAGUGGAACGAGAAAUCGCAAUCAUGAAGCUUAUAGAACAUCCACAUGUUUUGCACCUUUACGAUGUAUACGAAAAUAAAAAAUAUUUAUAUUUACUACUUGAACAUGUAAGCGGAGGUGAAUUAUUCGAUUACCUUGUUCGGAAAGGUCGGUUAAUGUCGAAAGAGGCUCGCAAAUUCUUUCGCCAAAUAAUAUCAGCCCUGGACUUCUGCCACGCCCACAACAUCUGCCAUCGCGAUCUGAAACCCGAAAAUCUGCUCUUAGAUGAAAGAAACAACAUUAAAGUGGCCGAUUUCGGAAUGGCAUCCCUUCAAGUUGAAGGAUCGAUGCUUGAAACAAGUUGUGGCUCACCACACUAUGCGUGUCCAGAAGUAAUCAGGGGUGAAAAAUAUGAUGGCCGCAAGGCUGACGUGUGGAGUUGCGGUGUCAUUCUGUACGCCUUACUAGUGGGAGCACUUCCAUUUGAUGACGACAAUCUUCGAAACUUGUUAGAGAAGGUGAAGAAAGGAGCGUUUCACAUACCACACUUCGUACCUUCAGAAGUGCAAAGUCUUCUGCGCGCUAUGAUUGAAGUCGAUCCAGCCAAACGAUAUUCGUUAUCGGACGUUUUUCGACACCCGUGGGUGGCAGGAACAAUAAAAAACGAGCCAGAACUGGAGCUACCAAUGUCUCAAGUUGUGCAGACGCACGUUAUUCCAAGCGAGGAGAGUAUUGAUCCAGACGUGUUCCGGCAUAUGAAUAGUCUAGGAUGUUUCAAGGACAAACAAAAGCUUAUUAACGAAUUACUAUCGACAAGGCAAAAACGUCAAACUCCCUAUGAUAACAUCAUUUUCAGACACAACACUGAAAAAAUGGUGUAUUUUCUGUUGUUGGACAGAAAGCGGAGACGUCCAGCUCACGAGGAUGAGACAGAAAUCGUUUUACGUGGGUCCACUCAGCACAACGAUCCGCCUAAGAAACGAACGGAUUCGGCACGUUCCAACAGAUAUGCUGUAGGCAGCAUUGCUGAUGGAAGUCCCAUUAAUCCAAGAAAGACAUACGGGCGACAUCGAUCGGGUCGUCACAGUAGCCUCGGCGGAUCACCUACAGAGUCACCACGUUCUUCAUUGCGAGAUCUUUACACGAGUAGCAACAGUGGCGUGUAUUCACCUCGAAAUGAAGAGCGGGGACGAUCUUCCUCCAGAAAUCCCAACAACUGUCACUACUAUACUCAACCAGUGGAUCCACACACACUGGCCGAAGCAGCUAGACAUGUAAGGGCAGUCCGAAAAGAACAAGAACGACGGGAAUCCCGUGAUCCACGAGAGCAUUGCGAAAUUCCUGAGAGAGACAAUGGCCAUGGCAGAGUGGAGGUUCUCCAAUCACCACGAAGUGAUGAAAUGUCAGAAGUAGGUUGUUCUGCCGCUUUUGAUUUGAGACGUAGUGCCAAGUGUCAAUCAUCUCCAAAAAUGUCUGACUCCAUCAUAAGUACUGGCUUAGGAUCAACUACAUCGUCUACCAACAGCUUAAUAACAGGAAGCAGUCAAGCUAGCCUAAAUAUGUCGUCGGUUCCGUGGAAGUCGAAAUUAACCAAUAUAAAGAACUCUUUUCUUGGAACACCGCGGUUCCAUCGGCGAAAGAUGUCAAAAGGCUCGGCUGAUAGCGAUAACGAGGAAUGUCAGAUGAUUGACACCAGCGAUCUGGUAAAAAAGUCUUGGUUCGGAUCGCUGACAUCGAGCAUGAGUGUUGAACGCGAUGACACUCAUUGUGUCCCUGUGCAGGGAAAGACGCUCAAUGCCAUCAAAGCUGAACUCAUUCGAGCAUUUUUGACGAUACAUGAGUUAAGUCAUUGCGUCGUUGGGCAAAACUGCUUUCGGGUGGAAUACAAGCGAGGGCCAACUGUUGGGGGAGGUGUUUUCAGUCGGGGAGUUAAAAUGAAUGUGGACAUUGUUUCUUCUCAGCAGGUGGUUACGCUAGCUGGUGAAACGCCGACAUAUGUCGUCCAGUUUGUAUUGUUAGCAGGUCCAAUUCGAAGGUUCAAACGACUUGUAGAACACCUUUCAUCGAUCUUACAAAGUUCCACUCAACAACGGCAAGCAAUUAUUACAUUUUUCAUGGCUGUUUUUUUUUUGGCUGAACGAGCACAACAAGCAGCGUUAAUGGUUCGGCCACGGCGACUGUCUGAUUCGAGUGUGAGCAGCGCCUGUUCUGAUACGGAAAGCAACGCUAGUAUGAAUAUAUUGGGACGAUCUGGAGAUAAAGAUUCUGGUCUAUCUGUUGAUCCGUACUCUCAAUCUCCAUCAAUGCGUUCAGUAGGGAGUACUACAUCAAACAAUGGUAGGCAUUACUAG